AAACCACCGACAGGAGGCGGUGUCAUUGAACACGUCUCGCUGACUGCUCUUCUUGACUCGAGUCCUCUUCUUCUUCACCUCCGGCUCCGACUUUCUUUCUCUUCCGGUUGCCUUCUGUUCGUGUGACAGAUAAACUAGAGUCGAAAUGGCCAAGUCGAAGAACCACACAACCCACAACCAGUCCCGUAAAGCCCACAGGAAUGGCAUCAAGAAGCCCAGAUCCCAGCGAUAUGAGUCACUGAAGGGGGUGGACCCUAAAUUCCUGAGGAACAUGCGCUUUGCUAAGAAGCACAACAAGAGCGGCAUGAAGGCGGCACAGAAGGCAGCUGCGGCGAAAUAGGCUGUUAUGUUUCCACCAUCACAAUAAAGUUAUGCUUUGUUAACAAACAAACAUCGGAUGUACUUUUGUGUCUGUUGUAGCUGCUCCUGCCUCUGUUUGACCAAAUGGAAUAAAGUGUGUAGGCUUUGUUUAAUAUGAA